AAACAGCACACAUUAGUUGUACCGCUUAGGAGACGCCUACUUGAUGAGAUUAAAAUAAGUGCUUCACACUUCAACCUUAUAGGGGAAAACUUUGGACGCAUCUGCCUGUGGUCACUACCAUCUUUCCCUUAGAGCAAGACUCAAACUUCUAAUGAAAGUGAUUAGAGAAAUAGGUCAGAUACGUCACAUGCGCAGAGCUUUAUGUAGUUAUUGUGCAAGAAGGUCAUUUCGAGUUCAUCCACUGCAAAUAACCGUAUAAGCGACGGCUAUCGGUUGGUCAGUUUUCAUUUAGCUCUGGUCAGUGGGAGGAUCCAGAGAGAGAAGUCUUUUAUCGGGAUUUACUAGACUGUUGGACAAACCAUCAACAAGAACAGCUCGUCUUGACAUUCACAGCAAAUUGCCGAAAUGGCAGACACAGCCUUGGACUUGUCAUCUAAGCCUGGGGUUGAUCUCGACAGAACCUCCAAAUUCAUCAGCAGAACUUCCAUUCACUCUAACUCUGGGGGAUCAGGACGUAACUCCCCCGCAUCCUCAGUUCACUCGGACGGAAACGAAAGUGACACUUCAAUAAAGAACAGUGUAUUCGGACAUGAAACAAGAGGCAGCAAUCCCCCGGUAAACUCACUCGGUGAAAAUUCAAACAGUACCUCUAUUAAAAGUGAGGAAGACGCUGGUACCCCCGACAAACUAAGUUCAUCUACUGUGUCGCGACCAUUCAAAAUGUACCCCAUGGAUCCUUUUUCAAUAUACAGCAUGGCGACACCUACUCCUUCAUCGCCCCUCUCACCCACAGUGACAUCCCCUGCAGCGUUAGGAGUUCCCCCUUCAGUGUACGAGAGUCCCGCAGGGUUCCCGGGUUUCCCGUUAGCUCCGCUGACUUCUCAUUUACUGCAACGAAAACGAAGGUCUGAAUCUCGGCCGGAUGUGAUGGACCCCAAAAAAACAAAACCCGUCCCGGAGGAAAGAAAAGAUGAUGCUUAUUGGGAAAGAAGAAGGAAAAAUAACGAAGCAGCCAAACGCUCCAGGGACGCUAGACGCCAUAAGGAGGAAGAAAUCGCUAUGAGAGCGGCUUUUCUCGAACAGGAAAACCUCAAACUUCGUGCUCAGGUGGCCAUCCUCAAAAACGAAACUGCAAAAUUACAUUACAUGCUCUAUAACCGAUUAUGAGAUUUGUUUGUUGUUCAUCUGUACUUUACGAUUUUAUCAUAUAUUAUAUGUGGCAUUGAAGGUGCAAAAGAAACACGAAAGUGCUAAAUUUUAUAAUCGCCUAAUCGGAUUAUUUUGUAAUAGACUGCAAUAUAAUGACACAUUUAACAGAGUUACAUUUUCUAAGACAGCUAAA